CCCUCGGUCGCCGGGAUAUCAAGAUGGCGGCCCCCAGGAGCUAUGUUCUUUGGCGCUACUGCAACCGAGGGUGGCCGCGGGCAACGGGAGACUGCAGGUUCCCUGGGUUUCUCAGAUCCUGGUCCAGAGCCACACUGAGUGCACGGUCCUUGUCCCAAGAGAAGCGAGCCACGGAAACGCACUUCGGGUUUGAGAGUGUGUCGGAGGAGGAGAAAGGAGGCAAAGUCUACCAGGUUUUUGAGAGCGUGGCCAAGAAGUAUGACGUCAUGAACGACAUGAUGAGUCUUGGCAUCCAUCGCGCGUGGAAGGAUCUGCUCAUCAGGAAAAUGCACCCGCUGACCGGUACCCAGCUGCUCGAUGUGGCUGGAGGCACAGGCGACAUUGCAUUCCGGUUCCUCAGUUAUGUUCAGGCACAGCAUCAGCAGAAACAGAGGAGACAGUUAAGGGCUCAGCAAAAUUUAUCCUGGGAAGAAAUUGCCCAAAAGUACCAGAGUGAAGAGGAUCCCUUGGGUGGUUCAUUUGUCACUGUCUGUGACAUCAACAGGGAGAUGCUCAAGGUCGGAAAGCAGAAAGCCUUGGACCAAGGAUACACAGCUGGACUGGCAUGGGUACUGGGAGACGCCGAGGAGCUGCCCUUUGAUGACGACAGAUUCGAUGUUUACACCAUUGCGUUUGGGAUCCGGAACGUCACACACAUUGACCGGGCUCUUCAGGAAGCCCAUCGAGUCCUAAAGCCAGGAGGACGGUUUCUCUGCCUGGAGUUUAGCCAAGUGAAUGACCCCCUCAUAUCCAGGCUUUAUGACCUGUACAGCUUCCAGGUCAUUCCUGUUAUUGGUGAGGUCAUUGCAGGAGACUGGAAGUCCUACCAGUACCUUGUAGAAAGUAUCCGGAAGUUCCCAAAUCAGGUACAAAGCUUUUGUGACUUACAACAAAGGCCCCCAAAGCUGAAACCUAAGCUUCCUAUGAGUCUUUUCUUGUGUUUUAGGAAGAGUUCAAGGAGAUGAUUGAAGAUGCGGGCUUCCAGAAGGUGACUUACGAGAA